CCCCUUACGAAACCCAAACCCCAAUUUCACGUCUCCUUCUCUUCCUCCAAAACAAAAACCCUAACCCUGAGCAACGCCGGCCUCCAUGGCCUGCACCCUUGACUUCCGCCGGCUCGAUGAAGGCCUCGGAGGCCCCAAGAACAAGCGAAAACGAUCGGAACCCGAUCCCGUACGCGUCUCCCGCCACACCAAAACCCCAGAGCUCCGCAACAAGGAGAAGGAGAUGAAGAGGGCUUUUAGGGAGAGGGUGAAUGAAUUAAAAGAGGAGAUUAGAUCGAAUAAGGCGGAGAGGAGGAAGAAGAGGGAGGAGAGGGAGAAGAAGAAGAAGGAGAAUGUGCUCAAGUCUGGGACGAAGCUGCAGAAGAUUACGAACCCGAAGACGCUGAAGAAGAUUGCGAAGUCGAAGGAGAGGAAGCUGUUGAAGGUCGUGCCGGAUGAUGUGGUUAAUGGUGGGAGCAAGAAGGGGAUGAAGACGAAGAAGUAGGGAUGAGCUUCUUGGUGAACAACUGUAAGAGACCUCUGUGUUCCGAAGUUUCAAUUUUGUUAUCUGGGUUAUGGAAGUAAAUUUGAAUUGAGGUUUUAUUUUCUGGUAAUUGAUGUUUAGGUUAUUGUUUUCAGUAUAAGAGUUUUCAUCUUGUCAUGUGAUAUCAGUGAAAUGCUUGAUUAUUCUAUCUAUUGUGUCCAGUUCUUAUUGAUUAAAUAAGAAAAGGUUAUCAAAUAUUAAGCGCUUCCUUUUA